AUGGGGAGCUUGAACUCCACAAUCCAAAACUACAGAUUAUAUGAUAAUUUUUAUCUAAAUUCGAAAACUUGUUAUGGGUACCCACUGGGGAUCAAAUUUGGUGGUAAUUUCGAGUUUAAUUUUGGUUUCAUAAUGAGGAAUGGAGUUAGGGCAUUGAAGAACGGUGAUGAUCGGAAUUGGUGGAAUUUUCCGACAUUGAAUGCUGUGAACAUUUCACCACCGGCGGCGACAACAAUACUGGCUCCGAGAAAGAAACGAGAGACUAACUUGGUAUUUGUGCCACCAUUUGAUUUCUGGACCAAUAUCGAAGAAGAUGAUAGAGGUAGGUUACAACUGGUAAAUCAGGCCGAAGUAAUUCUUGAAGAAAUACUCCAUGUUUUUCUUUCCUUCCCCUUUCACACCAUUUACCCAUACUUCCAUUUCGUUUCCAUAUUUGUUAACGGAAUCAAAGUUUAUUUUCAAGAAUAUGAAAGGAAAAUUAAGAAAUGGGGGAAGUUCAAUUACCUGGUGAGCAAUUCAGUCAUUUGA